AUGAAUCAAAUUCCCAUUGCUAUCAAAGAAGAAGCUCAGGAUGAGACACCCAAGGUGUAUAAAUCAAUUGCUCCAUCCACUGUUGUAACCACAACAAAGCCUGCCGCAUCUCCAUCCUCCCAUGCACCACCAUUGCAAAAGAAUGUACCCGCAUUUCUCAACAAACUCUACAGCAUGGUCAAUGACCCCGAGUCUGACGAUCUUAUAUGCUGGUCUGACGAUGGCGCCUCCUUCUUUGUCAACCGUCAAGAAGACUUUGCUCGUAAAGUUCUCCCGCGAUUCUUCAAGCAUAACAAAUUCUCGUCCUUUGUCAGACAGCUCAACAUGUACGGGUUCCAUAAAGUGCCUCAUCUACAGCAAGGUGUACUGGAAACAGACAGCGAAUCAGAGCGAUGGGAGUUCAGCAAUCCUCAUUUUCAACGCAAUCAGCCAGAUCUUUUACUGUUGGUUACUCGCAAAAAGGGGCCCAAUACGGACGAAAAAGAGAUCUCCAACAUUGAUCUACAACACAUUUUGGAGGAAAUUCAAUCGAUUAAAAAGCACCAAAUGAACAUCUCGACACAGUUGCAAAGCAUUCAACGAGAUAAUCAAGUCUUGUGGCAAGAAACGGUAUCCGCAAGAGAGAGACAUUUACGCCAUCAAGAAACAAUUGACAAGAUUUUGAGGUUUUUGGCUUCUGUGUUUUCAAAUGGUGAAAAGAGAGCUGCUAUACCAAGAAAGAGACGAUUUUUACUGGGUCCUGCUGACGGUGAUGAUCAUGAAGCUGAAUUGGAUCACUAUGAACAACAACAACAACAACAACAACAGCAGCAGCAGCAGCACCAGCACCAGGAUAGUCCGAGACCAAAGAAAAUGCCCCGCCAGAAUCAGUCAUCUCAACAAGCACAGCCCUCUACACCGUUUAAUCUGGAUGAUUAUGUCAAUGGCAAAAAUGACAUGGCUGGUUUAAGCGCAUCGUUGCCUGCUCAUGUCAAGAAUUCCGCUGCAAGUACACCAUCCUCCGAUUUAGCAGAAGCGAUUGCUCUGAACGAUCACUCGAAAAAUGUCGAAAGCAAUGCUUCAUUAUCAUCCAUGAACGACUUUUCCAACAUUGCGAAUAUACCACAACUUCAGAAUCUGCAAGGUUUGAUUAGUUUAGCGCAAUCCAACCCUCAUUUAUUGAGUCAACUGACAAGCGAGGCAUUUUAUGGCAUGCCCCAUAUGCCACCUACCACGACGAGUCCUCAGCAACUAUCAUCGUCACCAGCAAUCACCGCAGCCGCUGCACCACAGUACUCUUCCUCUUCUACGGCUUCAUCCAUCGUUUCAACUCCCUUGGACCUCAACUUGAAUCUAACCUCUUCCUCUACAACGACACCAGGGCAACUGCAACAACAACAGCAGCAGCAACCGCCAGCACAAAACGCACGUUCCUUAAGUCAAGUGACAAAUAGCAUUUCCAACAUUGCUGGAUCUGCAGAUGCUCUGAACCAGGAUAUUGAUGAUUUGGGUAUCAGUUUACAAGCAUUAGCACAACACUUAGGUUUUGACCCCUCUAAAAUGAGCUCUACAACGAACGAGAUGGAUGCAGAGCAUCAGAAUGUUGGAGCAGAAGGAGAUUUACUAGAUAUGGAUGAGUUUUUGAAUACAUAUGGUCCAGAUCUGCAUGAUAGCAAUGAAGCUGCCCAUCCAGACUUUUCAAGUGCCACGAUUACAGAUAUACCCUCUACAUCAAACACACGAUCGCCGAGUCCAGCUGUGACAGUAGCAACCGCAUCUUCAGCAACACAAAAAUAA